CAAGGCUGCAACCAGUCAUUACCAAAUAUGGUGUUUCUCAGGAUCAGCUUGCGCUUUUGAUGAAUUUGGUGCUAUGCCAUAAGCUUCCCGAUAAUUAUGCCAUCCUGCUUCUCAAACUGUGUCUUCCAAGAACCAAGGUGCCCGAAAAAUACGCGAUCCGAAUCUUUGGAUAUCUGUCAUGUCGAGAAUAUUCGCCCAAACUGAUGUCACAAUUACUUUCUUGGGUGAUCUCAAUAUUUGACUUGUUUGAAUCCACCGAAAACAUCAGCAAUCUGUAUUCUGUUCUAUUCCAUUACCUGAAUAUAGAGACAUUCAGGCCGCAGCUAUGUCAUCUUUUAUACUUUUUAACCAAACGCGCGCACGUCAAAGCCUACCGAGCGAGGCAACUCAUCCAACUUUCCGAAAAAGUUGGUCGUGAAAAAUGGGUGGAUGGUCUGUUAUACGUAUAUAAGACCUACGAUCCGGAACUUGGCAUUCCAGAAUUGAAGAGCACCCGGAAGGGAAUAUUCGAACAUCCGAACAAAACCGCACAGGAAACAUUGCAGAAAAUCCAUCAUCUAUGGCACAACGACGAGACGAUAGGCAAUCUCGACUUGCAUAAACCUCCUUUGGAGACUCUCCGCGUUAAACGUCGGAAAAAGGAUUCAACCCCUGUACAGGUGCCGGAUGUAGCAACUUCUCUGUCGGAUUUGAGCGCGUUCACGAUUAAAGAGAUCAAUAAUUCGACAGAAUUAGCAAAGAAAAUGGAUCGUAUGAAAUUACCGGAUCAAGUGGCGUCCGUGUUGGAUAACCAUACUUUACAACAUGUUCUUGUGUGUCAUCCAGCAGCUACGACUGUUACCCGAAUCAACCUGUGGUUGGGUGAAAAUCUGAUGCAGUUGAUAAAGUAUAAUGACCACAGCGAAGUUUCAAACAAAGCACUGAAGGAGCUUUUAUUGAAAUCGAUACGAAUGGCACGCUUCCUUAAAUCGCAUAUACCGGUCCUGGAAACGUUUUUGAAGGAUUAUAUCAAAACUUGGAAUGGCGUAGAGUUUGAGCAAGAAAUAUUCGAGCUCCUCACUUUUGUGAAGCCAGAGACGUAUGAAGAUAUGUACCAAUACUUUUUGCAGCCUUUAUACCGCCUUUUCUGCGUCUCCAAUGUUUCCUGGAAGGCUCGCCUUAUUCUCUGCUAUACUGAAUGGCUGAAAAACUGGGCAUUACUCGACUGGAAUGAGCACGCGAAAAAACGACGAAACCUUGAUCCUUAUUCAGACAUGGAUGAAAGCGCAUGGCUAUUCCAGGGAUUGUCUUUCAACAUUGACUAUUUCCGAACGAUGCAAGAAUUUAUACAGCAUGUGGAUCGAAUUUGUGUCAUUGGUUUUAGCUUGGAACAAGAUCAUCCUUUGAUACAGCAUGCGGCGCUUUCAUAUUUCGAAUUGGUGUCUUCCAUAUCAAUUCAUCACGACAUACCUGAAAUCAUUAUACCAGCAGCACCGCUCGUUUAUCGCACGUUUUUCUCUCCGCUGGCCAUGCCAGUCUCUCGAAUGUGUGGUAUCAUUUUCCAGUACAAGCAGGCUUUUGAGGAAAAUGAGCAAAAGGAAGGGGACUGGGUGUCACGGCAUACACAAGAAUAUCUCCAACAUUUCAACUCUUAUGUGACCGACAUGUGUAAUGCUUUGUGGCGAACGCAAUUUCUCAGUCGUUCAUCAGAAGAGAACCGAGCAUUCUCAUUGACCGAAGAAUUAAUAGUGGGGUACCAAGAAAUUGCAGAAAAGAACAACAUAUCGUUUGAUCAGAUAUUAUCCCUCUGUCGGUCAGCAGCUCUGGCGGGAUUUGCCAACCGGUUCUUAGCGACGCUGGAAAAUGAUCAUGGUUCGACGGUACGCCACAAUAGCCCGAUCGAUUCUCAAAUGUUGAAAGAACUGGGCGAGAAUGGAGGCAUAGCCAUCCCAUUCAAAGGAUUCCGGCUGGAAUAUUUGGAUCAUCUCGCUGAACUCGGUUUCCGAGGCAUUCAUGAUUUACUCUAUGCCUGUAUACGGUCACUCACUGAUAGCAGCGCAUAAGAUUCAAUGAUUUAUGACGGCGUUUUCAAGUCUUGCAAUGCAGUAGCAAUUAUGUCAAAUAAUCGUUUCACCUGUUGUAAUUGUUGAUACUGUAUAUUAAAACUUGGGAGUUAUCCACGUUAAAUCAUGUGCACGGUCUCUGAUUGACUAAAAAAGCAAAAAUAUUACAUUGAUUGGGC